UAGUACACAUCUGAAAUGCACGAGUAUUGGAACAGUUAAACAAUGAAGAUGGUCACUUAAAUUGUCUACGGUGGUGAAAAUAUCAAACUUAUUUAACAGUCCUGUACAACUUGAACCUUCUUUCUACACAGGACAGAGGAUAACCGAAUUAUUUGUGAAACGAGAAGAAGAGAAGAUCACAGCAUUUUAAACAUGGAGGCUAUUAUGGCAGGUUUCUGGGUUUUUCUCGUCUCUUUUGCGACUGCUAUGGUUUUUGUGUCUUUGGCAUCCAUACCUCUCCAGAUAGCAAUGAUAGUUAUUGGAGCAAAAUACAAAGACGAGUGCCCAGUGGAAGAAAUGAUCCCUGUUUACCUCAUAGUAGCAGGGGCUGCCGGCUUAUUCGCCAAUUGUUGUACCGGCGGUGUGAGAUACAACCAGCAAGAGGAUGAUGGAAAUACUGUAAAUCUGCUGCAGGCUCUUGUGCAAUUUGUUGUUUUCGCUUGGUUCAUUUGUGGGAAUGUAUGGAUUUACGCGAACUAUGAGCCGAAUUACACGGACCCUUCGAGUCUGGACUACUGCCAUAAGACACUUUAUCUAUUUGCAUUCUGGGUCACGAAUUCUGCUUACAUUCUUUACGGAUUCAUAUCAGUCUGUCUCUGUUGCUUUGGAACUUGCACCGCCACUGUAGGCAUCGGUAAAGCGUGUGUAAAUGUGUAAAAGAUCCGAAAGGAGAUUAUCACAUUCAUGUCGAUGUUAAUAAUAUUAAAA